UGGUAACCCAAUGUAGGGGAGGAUAUAGGAGGAAAGUGCUUACAAUCCUGAGCUUAAUAGGGUUUCCAUAUAACAAAGAUUGUAAAUUUAACAUUGUGAGCGUGCUGUCCUUUCAAAGGAAAGGAAGGGAAGGGACCAUGAGUGAGAAUGGCCCUCCAACGGAGGCGCCCAUGUACUUUGAGGUGGAGGUGGAUCGUCUGGAGCGAGAUGAUGAUGAAGAUGACAAGAUCCACUUUGAUAAAGAUGAAGAUCUGAAUACUGAACCUUCGUCCUCAUCUGGCCGCGUGUAUGACCGCACCACAGUACUGAUUGAGCGUGACCCUAUUCGACUGGAUGAGGAGGGUGAAGAGGAGGGUCACUGUGGUGGGGAUGAAGAUGGAGUCACCUUUCUAACGGAAGGGGAGGGUGAUGAGGAGGAGGGUCCUCUGGCCUUUAUGACGGACCCUGAUGGGAUGUCACAGGGCUAUGUGCACCACACAAUUUCUCCAGAUCAGAUCCAGUUCACAAUAAAUCCUGGCUCCACCCCAAUGCCACGCAACAUAGAGGGAGCUACACUCACCUUGCACUCAGAGUGCCCAGAAACUAAGCAGAGAGAGGUAAAGCGCUAUCAGUGCACAUUCGAAGGCUGCACAAGGACCUAUAGCACAGCAGGAAAUCUACGUACACACCAGAAGACACAUCGGGGCGAGUACACAUUUGUGUGCAAUCAGCAAGGUUGUGGAAAGGCCUUUCUCACUUCUUACAGUCUCAAAAUCCACGUCCGUGUUCACACCAAGGAGAAGCCGUUUGAGUGUGACGUACAAGGCUGUGAAAAAGCCUUUAACACACUAUACAGGUUAAAAGCACACCAGAGACUUCACACAGGCAAGACAUUCAACUGUGAAUCAGAGGGAUGCACAAAGUACUUUACCACACUCAGCGACCUGAGGAAGCACAUUCGCACGCACACUGGGGAGAAGCCAUUUCGUUGUGAUCACGAUGGAUGUGGGAAAGCCUUUGCAGCUAGUCAUCAUCUAAAAACACACGUACGAACACACACAGGGGAGAAACCAUUUAAUUGUCCGAGUGAUGGCUGUGAGAAGACGUUCAGCAGCCAGUACAGUUUGAAGAGUCACAUCCGAGGCCACGACAAAGAACAGGCCUUCACCGUCACCCUCACCCAUCCGCACUCUGAAGAUGCAAAUCAUUCGCUGUGCCUCAGUGACUUGAGUCUCAUCUCGACAGACUCGGAGCUACGAGAGAACAUCAUCAAUACUCAAAACCUAGACCUCAACAAUGUGACCCCUGUGAAAAUCUUUGAACUCAUGUUCCAGAGUCCUGAAAAUAGCAUCAGCCAAGAUGAUGCCCAUCCUAACAAGAGCCUUUCUGAAACCUUCUGCCUAGAAACCUCCACCCAACCAGGAGUGACUGAUGCCUCGCCUACCAUCUCAUUUUCUGUCAACCCUACCUCCUCAUCUUCCCACAAUGCCGCUGUCAUGGAGGCUUCGUCCCAUCACAAUGAGAAAUCUUCGUCGCACGUUUCCACUCCCGCUCCUGUCACUGUUACUGUCAGCUCCACACAGACGCCCUCUUUCAUGCAGCUAAGUGGGCCUCAGCAGAUCUCUGAUGUGCCUCAGGCUUCUGUCCAAGCACCAAACUGUGUCACCCCCCAGCACUAUGUGGCACUAUCACCCACAUUCCUACAGUCAGAGAGUGCAGCUCAGACCACUCCUCUACCGCCACCCAUCUCUGUUCAUCCUCCAGUGGCUCCUGCUCUGACAACCACAGCUUCAGGUCCUGCUGCGGCUGCAGCUGUCACAGCUGCAACAACAGAUGGUCUAGCAGCUGUGGCACAACCUGUGCCUUUGGCUAACAACCCUGUCACUAACACGGGCCCUGGUCUGGCUACUACCCCUGCCACCAUCACCAUAGCAUCAACACCAAAUGUUUUGCAGCCCAGCCUUGUCAUGUCUGACCAGAACCUUCAGUGGAUCCUUAGCAGUGCUGCAAAUAACCAGCAAAACCCAGAGCAAGCGACACAUCAAGGAGCUCCAAAAGUGGAAAAGGUUUUUUUCACUACAGCCAUACCAGUGGGAGGAAAUGCUGGAAACUCGGUCCAACAGAUCGGCCUUAGCUUACCAGUCAUCAUCAUCAAGCAGGAAGAAUCCUGCCAGUGCCAGUGUGCCUGCAGGGACUCUGCUAAAGACAAGAAAACAAAGAGCGCCUCCUCCAUCAUUUCACCUCCAACACAGCAGCAGACUUUAGACCCCCCUCCUGCACUCCCGUCUGAACUUCCCCACCAUUCAGCUACUUCACCUUCCUCUUGCUGCCUCCCCAAGUCUUCCUCCAAGGUGGGUGAGGUAAGGCCAGAGUCCCACUCUUCUUCUUGCUCCACCGCAGCUCUGCCUUUCUCCACUAUAGUGAGCAACACUGCCAGCAACCCACCUCCACCUGAUGGGUUAGCCAGUAUGGACGUCUCAGACUUCCUCUCCAUGCAGAGCCCCGAAACAGCUGCUAACAUCGAGGCUCUUCUGCUGGUUGCAGACGACUUCAACAUGACCACUGACGGGAGUGCAUAA